GCUAUGGUGGCGCCAUCCAAUGUGUCGCUUUCUGAAUUAUAGGCCGCUCAGCUCUCCAACCUUCCCUUUUAAUGUGGUUGAACACCUUUACCAUUUUCCCAUGCUCAGUGUGACUUAGUCCAAUGGCACACUGAGGGGCUAAGGGCUGCUAGCUGCCGGAGAACAACGGUACACCCGGAUAAAUGCACAUCCCGGACAGAAAAAGAAACACAGACAGCAUGCCGACAGAGCCAAGCCUGCCUGGUCAAGAUGGGAUCAUUAGUAACUGUGCAAUCUGUGGAGAUAAAGCCACAGGGAAACACUAUGGAGCCUCCAGCUGUGAUGGCUGCAAAGGCUUCUUCAGACGCUCGAUACGCAAGAGCCACGUCUAUACCUGCAGGUUCAGCAGACAGUGCGUCGUGGAUAAAGAUAAGAGGAACCAGUGUCGUUUCUGCAGACUCAACAAAUGCUUCAGAGCUGGCAUGAAAAAAGAAGACCUUCCAACCAUUACUAUUUUGGCCCAAGCAGAAUCAUUGUCGCACCAGAGCACUACUCCGGUUGGAAUAGCAGACUUGUCAGAGCAGAAGUCAGCAACUGUAGGGGACAUAUGUGAUUCUAUGAGACAGCAGUUAUUGGUGUUGGUGGAAUGGGCCAAAUAUAUUCCUACUUUUGGAGAACUUCCACUGGAUGACCAGGUGAGCUUGCUUCGGGCUCAUGCUGGUGAACACCUCUUGCUUGGGGUUGCCAAAAGGUCAAUGCCAUUCAAGGACUUCCUGCUUUUAGGUAAUGGCUGUGUGAUCCACAGAGACAGUCCUGAACCAGAGAUCUGUAGGGUAGCCAACAGAGUCCUGGAUGAGCUGGUGCGGCCCUUCCAGGAAAUACAAAUAGAUGACAACGAGUUUGCAGCACUCAAGGCUAUUGUCUUUUUUGACCCAGAUGCAAAGUCUUUGCGGGAUCCUUCGAAGAUUAAGACCAUGCGACUGCAGGUUCAGAUGAGUCUGGAAGACUACAUUAAUGAUCGUCAGUAUGACUCCAGGGGUCGUUUUGGAGAGCUGUUACUCCUGCUGCCCACCCUGCAGAGCAUCACCUGGCAGAUGAUCGAACAGCUCCAGUUCAUUAAGUUUUGCGGCCUGGCCAAGAUAGACAACCUGUUGCAUGAAAUGCUUCUAGGAGGGCUUACAACAGAACCCACACACCUGCACCAUUCAGCACACACCCAGCUGGCCCAGGACCCUGUGACUGGACACACAUUGGUCAUCAGUACCAUGCCUGUCAAUCACACUCCACAAAUAGCCUCUCCAGACACUCCCAUCCCAUCGCCCCCGCAGGGUCCUGCACCGGAAAUGUACAAACAUUUUCCCCAGCCUGUUUGUCCUCCAGCGAGCCCUUCACCUUCUGCACAGACAGACCCCUGACUCUUUCCUGCAUUAUGUCAACGAAUCUGACAGCAGAUCAGUUUCCUUGCCCCCUGUUCAUUAUCCAGGCAUGGUAUGAAAAUUAUGACAGAAAUCUCUGUUCAGUGUCAACAGUUAGACUUUCCUACCCCAUGACUCCUGGAGCUCCUGGCUAUCCUAACCAGUUAUGUGCACCACAUUUCAAGGUUUUAUUUUCUUACAGUGGCAAAACUCACAAAAGAAAAGCACAAUUUUUAUGCAGUCUUUUUCAGGUACAACGCUGUCUGUGUGUGUCUGCGUGUGUCUGCGUGUGUGUCUAUGCUUAUUUGCUUAUUUCCUGGCACCAGAGUGUUUGGCAGCGCAGGCUCUGGGUUUCCUGAUCAGGCGGCGCAGUCAAAUAUUGGUGCUCAUUUUAGCACAAAAUUGUAUUUGCCUUAAAACACGCUCAGACCAUGUCUUACCCAUAGUCAUCACACCGCAGCAAGAAUGAUACGUGUGCUUCCACUGUAGUCACUGAUAUGAAAGAGGGAUUGUAUUUAAGUUGCGAUGAUGGCACAGCAGCAACUUUAUUAUUCAUUUAAAUCUCCAGACUUGGCAGCAGGAUCCGUCAACUAAAGGCAUGUCCUCUGUUUUUCUGAGCAUCACACUAGAAAGCUAUUUCUCAGAGAUUUAACAGUGAAAUCAUCUGGAGUAAUGCAGCUGUCCCCAGGAUGAGUCCCGAGUUCCAUCAAAAUACGUGCACACACACACACAUAUGUAUAUAUAUAUAUAUAUAUACACAUACGUAUAUAUAUGUAUAUAUUCUGUGUAAUACAAAGUCCACACUCUAUCUAAACUUAUAUAUAUUCACAUUAUAUUUGUAUAAUAUUUCAUUUUGA